AUGCCGCCAUCGAAGAGGAAAGCACGCCGCAAACCCGCCGACCUUGCAGAGUCCUCGGAGCUCGAUCUUCCAGACUCAUCGCCGUCGCGUACUUCGGCAAAGAAGCGCAAGGUGCACAACUCUCGUACUGCGCCUGCCAGAAGGAAGUCCGUUACUCCCGAUCCUGAACCUGAACUCACACAUGCGCUGGACUCAGGCGACGACACGGAAGAAAUCUCACAAAGCGACCUUAUCGACUCGGUAGUCUCCUACCUUCAAGUUUCCAAAGAACCCAUUGUCGCCAGAACCGAGUAUUCCAACGACAAAGUUCAGAGCAAUAGUCCGCAGAAGGUGUCGGCAUAUGCGAAGAUUGCCGGUCGAGAUUGGACAUACUUUGUGCGCGAACAAUCCAUCAACUUUGGCAGGCCGCCAGAUGACCGGCCCAACUUGAACGGCGCUUCGAGUCCCAUCGCCGACCUGAAGGACGUCUUACCAGUUCAUAUCGACCUCGGUCCGAGCAAGAUUGUUUCGCGACACCAUGCUUCGAUCUACUAUGACGCGGAUUAUCCGGUGGAUGAAGGUGGCUGGCAUGUCCGAGUUAACGGUCGAAACGGAGUUCGGGUCAAUAACGUCCUCGUCAAAAAGGGCUCGAGGAAACAGAUCAAGUCGGGCGACAUCCUGGAGAUUGCCGGCACGCAAAUGAUGUUUGUCACUCCGGGUGACAAGGUUGAGAUUGACCCUUACUUUAUUGAACGUGCCAAAGCGUUGGCCGCCGGCGAGGAAGUCAGUCCUGCUCAACCCCAGCCUGAGACCGCGAGAUACGAGUCUUCGGCGGGACCGGGUCAAAAUUUCCCAUCGCUGGCUCCAGCACCUCCCGAUUUCAAACGCGAAGCGACACCGCCCGCCCAGAUUGCCGAUGGCAAGUCUCAGCGAGGCGUCUUCGACAGUAAAAUGCCCAUGUCGCCCAUGUAUGGUCGGGGAAUGAUGAUGGAAAGCACCCAAGAGAUCGACUACAGUCGGGACAGUGCAAAGGACCUCAAGCCGCCCUUCAGUUACGCGACGAUGAUUGCCCAGGCCAUUUUCUCGAGCGAAGAGGAGAAGUUGACCUUGAGCAACAUCUAUUCCUUCAUUGCUGACAAGUAUGCCUUCUAUCGCCACUCCAACAGUGGCUGGCAGAAUUCUAUCCGACACAAUCUUUCACUGAAUAAAGCAUUUCAAAAGGUUCCUCGACGGACAGACGAGCCUGGAAAGGGGAUGAAAUGGCAGAUUGCCCCAGAAUUUCGUCAAGAGUACUGGAAGAAACAAGCCCGCCGUGGAGGCUCGGCUCCGUCGUCGCCCGCUUCUGGCAAAGAAGUCAAUCCCAACUUCCGGGGGCCUAAUGGUCAGAACCUUGGUUAUGAUACUAGUAUGGUUAGCCAGUUCUCUGCACGCGAUCUGUCCGACCGAGCUGGGCCUGCUUCUGCUAAGCUGAGUCUCCCGUUUCCUCCCUUCAACCCAAGGCAACAACCAUACCCCCCGAGCCCCAGCCUGGCGCCACCUGUCUCGCAUCCCGCAGAGGCUAUUACACCUCAAAGGCGAAGAACGGAUACACAGAACACCCUUCCGGAUAUCGACCUCGAAGAAUCGCCUUUGCGACAUGGCCAUGCAGCAGCAACACCACAGCUGGGGAAAAACCUGCCCAUGUAUACGCUUCCGUCGUCUGUUCCGCCUCCCCAUCGUUCACCGACAAAUCCCACACUGUCAUCCUCCUACCUGGAUACCCCUUUCCAUCCUUCUCAACAUAGCAUAAUUACGCCUGCGCCAUUGCGACAGAACCCUCGAUUAGCUCCUCCAAGUACUCUGGUUGCUCCUAGCAAGUUCAUGCCAGAGUCCUCGCCUGCGGGGCCUCAAGGGCUCUUCUGGAAGGGUAUCAUGGGUGCAACCCCUGGUCAACCGCUGCCUGACAUGUCACCUGUGAAGGAUGAAGACCAGCGAGCCAAUGGAAUUGACAGAAGUGUAAUGAGUUCGAGCCCGCCGCCUAUGGAUGCCAGCAUGGGCAGUCCAAGCAAACCCGCCAGAGGUAGUCAGGCUCCUAACAGCUCAAGUUCAGCCAAGAAGAGGGAUGACAGUCCUGCAAACUCGCAGACCUUGAACGGGACGGCAUCUGACGACAACGGUAGAUUCGCACGCAGUUUCUCAAGCAACGGGAAUAUAGCGAGUGGAGUGAAUGAUCAGCUGGGACCCAGCAGGUUCGGUACACAUCUUUCGGCGAACAAUGCGGAUACGACUUCAAAUCACGAUGCUGACGACGAGGAUGGUGACGGCGGAUUCGACUUGGCCAAGGGAUUUGCACCCAUUGCAAGUGGGAGCUUCCAUUCGCAAAGAAGUGGUAGCCUUGGGGUUGCCAGAGCUGGAUCAUGA